UUACUUCUUUUCCUCUUUUCACCUUAAAUUUUUUUGUACUUAACCCCACCACAAUCUCCUCCACAUCCUCUCCCUUCCACUACUAUUACCCCUCAACCCAAAUAUACACUAAAAACCAAAAAUUAAAGUAGAAAAAUCUUUGAUAUGUUGAAUUAUCAAACACCUCAUACCCUAGCAAACACUACUACCACCACCACCAAUAACAACAACAACACUACAACAGAAAAUCAUCAAGAAGAAGAAGAACAAAUCAGAGACAUACAUGCUUUAACCCCACCAAGACCUCCAUCAAAUAUUGGCCGUCGAAUCGAAACUUGGGAAACAAGUAGCCACAGAUCAUCAUCCAUUUCCGAAGUAGCAUCUAGUGAGAAUUUCUCUACUAUGAGCCGGGAAUUCAGCGCCCUCGUUCUCGCGGGAUCGUCAGUUAGCAACAAUCCCGCUAGCGAGAACGAGGUGAAUAAUCAUAUAUAUAAUAACAACAAUUAUAACAGUAAUAAUUUGGGGAGCAUCGGCGAAGAAGAAAAUGAUGCGCCGAUAGAAGAAACAAAUCCGUUAGCUAUUGUGCCGGAUAAUUAUAGUAAUACUUUAGAUCCGAUUAUUAUUAAUCCUUCAAGAAGGAUCAAUAAUAAUAAUAUUUUGAGAAAUAAUAUUGGAGAAGUUAGUAGUGUUCAAAGAGUGAAAAAAGAAGAAAUUGAAUCGAAGAUAAGUGCAUGGCAAAAUGCUAAAAUUUCGAAGAUUAAUAAUAGGUUUAAACGUGAAGAUGCUGUUAUUAAUGGAUGGGAAAGUGAAGAAGUACAAAAAGCUACUUCUUGGAUGAAGAAAAUUGAGAGGAAGCUGGAGGAGAAGAGAGUAAAAGCCCUAGAAAAGAUGCAAAAUGAUAUAGCAAAAGCACACAGAAAAGCAGAAGAAAAAAAGGCAUCAGCAGAAGCAAAGAGAGGAACAAAAGUAGCAAAAGUUGUUGAAAUUUCCAAUUUGAUGAGAGCUGUUGGCAGAGCUCCAGCUAAACGAUCCUUCUUUUAAUUAAAGAUCGUUAAUUUUGCUAGACUGUCUACGUCACAUUUCUUGGAAUGCGGACCUACAAGAACGCAUGAUAUUGGGAUGCGGACCUACAAGAACGCAUGAUAUUUUGUGCAUCAGAUUAAAAAAAAAAUUAAUAUUAAAAAAAUAGUUUAUGUAAUAUAUAUAUAUGUGUGUUUGGAAUUAAUAGUAGUCUGUUAAUUAGUCUAUUGGAGUCCUCUUUCUAUUUUUUAAAUGAUUGGGUACCCCUAUGGACAUACAAAAAUAUUAGUUUUUGCUAGUUUGUGUUUGAAUUAUUUAGUUGAAUACUUUCUAGUGGGAUUUUAGAGUGAUUUGUGUGUUAAAGACACUUUUGUACUGAUUUUUGGGAAGUUUAAUGUAUUUUCAAUGAGCUUAAGAAAGAAAA